AACAGUGAGGCGGGGCUAAGGGGUACUGCAGUUGCAGAAUUUGAAAUGUUGCACGAGUGAAGCUGCUUAGGAGAGAAUAAAAUACAUAUACGGACGCCUAAAAUUCGUUGGUACAAUGAAACUAACGCGAAAGCUGGUUCUGGCGAGGGCCAAAGCCUCGGACCUCGACAGUGUGAAGAAACUGAAUUGCUGGGGCUGUAACCUGACCGAUAUCUCCAUAUUCAGAGAGAUACCCAACAUUGAAGUUCUGACGCUCAGUGCCAAUCAGAUCUCCUCCCUCGAGCCUCUUGGCCAGUGCCUGAACCUGAGCGAACUGUAUCUGCGCCGGAACCACAUCCAGAGCCUGGCGGAGCUCUGUCACCUGCGUCACCUGAGCCGACUACGGGUACUGUGGCUGGCGGAGAACCCCUGCUGUGGCUUUGAGCCAGCUGAUUAUCGGCUGACGGUGCUACGCAACCUUCCUGGCCUGCGUAAGCUGGACAACCAAGUGGUAACGGAGGAGGAACUGACCCAGGCUCUGGAGAAGGGGGAGGAGAUCAGCAGUCCCCCGGCCCCCAUCCCCAAUUCCACCAGUGUUCCAUCAGAGGCGGAGACCGAGAGCGACCCCCUCAACUACAGCAUGGAGGAGACCAACAAGAUCCGUGAGCAGCUGGGAAUGAAGCCAAUACCUAGAGAUAAAUUCCCGUCCUUCUCUUUGCCCCGGGAUGCAGGGCUGACUUUGGGGAAAAGGAGACACGUGCUGGACGCUGUCCUGCUGCUGCUCAAAGAGCUGGAUGUUGAGGAGCUGCAGGUUGUCCACAGGACGGCAGAGAACAGGCUUCGCACCCUGCGCAAAUAUGGGAACCAGGCUGCUGCUGCCCCUGCUGAUCUCAUCGAACACUGAGGGGUGUAAAUCACCACCAGGGGGAGACACUGAUAGCGUUUUGGUAGGAAGUGAUGAGCUUUCAAAGCUCUGCUGCACAAUAGCAGGUUUACAGGUGUCUUUAUCACACACAAGGUCUUUAACCAUAGCUACAAUUAAAUAUUGACACAUUGUGGUACUGUUACUUGUUUAGUCCUAUUUAUUUUAUUUAACUCGUUCUGGGUUGUCAACAUUGCACCUACUGGUCGUUUCUCUGGUCACAUGCAGCACACUUGUCAAAUCCGUAACGUGUAGUGCAGUGUAUGCAAUGGUUUCAUUGGAAUAUCCAACUCUCUUGGAUAUUCAACAUGCUUUUAGAACAGUUUAAUUCAGUUGCAUCAACAUUGAUAUCGAUACACUGCAAAAAGUGUGUAUUAAGCUGCCUAAGGAAUUACGUGAGAAUUUUUUUUUACACGGUAUAAGAUGAAUUCUUAUUUUCAAAUGCCAUUCUAUAUAACUGUAUUUUAUGCAAGUGAGAAAAGGUAUUUUGAUUUUCUUCAUAAUGUUUAGUGCUUAGGGGGUGCGGUGGCGCAGUGGGUUGGACCGCAGU